AAACUGAAACCACACUAAAUAGAAAAAUUCAACAUAAAACCCUAACUCCUAAAACCCUACUUUCUGCUGCUAUAAAUAUAUUUGUCUCAGUUAAGCCAUCCGUCUCCGUGAGCUUCUCCCAGCCCAAGCCUUACGCGCAGACACAUCUACUGGUAUUUGGCCUUUGGCUGGAGGGUUUUGAAUUGGGUAAGGAAAUGUCGAACCCAAAGGUUUUCUUUGACAUACUGAUUGGAAAAAUGAAAGCUGGUCGAGUUGUAAUGGAACUGUUUGCUGAUGCCACCCCUAAAACUGCUGAAAAUUUUCGUGCACUCUGCACUGGGGAGAAGGGUAUUGGAAGAAUGGGGAAGCCACUACACUACAAAGGCUCGCCUUUCCACCGCAUUAUUCCCAACUUCAUGUGUCAGGGUGGAGAUUUCACCAAGGGUAAUGGGACUGGUGGAGAAUCAAUCUAUGGAGAGAAAUUUGCAGAUGAGAAUUUCAAGAUGAAACAUACAGGUCCUGGUGUGCUGUCAAUGGCAAAUGCUGGACCAAACACUAAUGGUUCUCAGUUCUUUAUAUGCACUGAGAGGACACCAUGGCUUGAUGGGAAGCAUGUUGUGUUUGGGAAAGUUGUGGAUGGCUAUAGUGUGGUUAAGGAGAUGGAGAAGGUGGGUUCAAGUAGUGGGAAGACUGCAGAAACAGUUCUUAUUGAAGACUCUGGUCAGAUUACAGAAAAUUGAUUGAUUAUGCAGGAGUCUAGGGUUACCAGAAGUUUGUGGUUCAUUAUCAUUCAGCAAUGGAUGCUGAGUUCAACUUGUAGAGUGAUAAUUCUUCUUCACCUCAGUGCUUGUGUAAUUUCCCCUCUGCUCAUGAACAUGUAUUUUUGAUACACAUGUUGUGUUUGAUGAAAAAUAAAAUGCAUUUCUUGGAAAGUAGAAUAAGAGUUUGCUAUCUGCUGUGUAUCUUGUGUACUUCCCUAAUAAAUAUUCUCAUGGGAGCUUGAUUCGGGCUCUGGAUUUGGAUGAAAA